AUGUCCAAGAUGCAACUUGCUGUCCACCAAGAGGACGCUGACAUUUUGUUGAAGGAAAAGAACGUUCUCAACGAUCCUGUUUUGGACAAAUACAGAGUUUCUGGCCAGAUUGCUCAGACUGGGUUACAAUAUAUUGCUUCUUUAAUCAAUGAUUCGUACCAUUUAGGCAAAUACCCUCAACCCUUGACCGUCCAGGAGUUGUGUAUUUUGGGAGACUCGUUUUUGACCAAGUUGUUGUCCCGUGUGUAUAAUAAUGUCAUCAGAGAGAAGGGAAUUGCCCAGCCUACCUCCAUCGAAGUCAAUGAGUUGGUGGCUGGUUUUGCUCCAGAAGUUGAUGAUGAAGGUGCCUACACUUUCGUAGCUGGAGAUGUUGUUACCAUCUCGUUGGGUGUCCAGAUCGACGGUUAUACUGCCAAUGUGGCGCAUACCGUGGUCAUCUACCCUGCUGGCGUAGAAGUGAAUAACGAAAUCAAGCCCACUGGACCUUUGUUGGGAGGUAAGGCUGACGCCAUCUGUGCUACCCAUAUUGCCACCGAGACCAUUGUUGCUUUGUUGGGAUUGGCUUUAUCACCAGAAAAGAUUCCUGCCCAACUCAAGAUCAACGGUAGCGCCACUAUCACCGGAGGUCACAUCCGUGCUCUUGUGGACUCGGUUGCUGAGUCGUUCAACUGUGUGGUUUUGCCAGGAUCCAAGGUCAGAAGAGUAAGAAGAUUCUUGUCGGGACAAGCUGAGGGUAUUGUUGCCGAACGUGAUUUCAAGGGUGUCGUUUGGGACGAAUCUCACCAGGAACAGAAAUUGUUACAGAAGAGUACCAUAAGUAAUAGCACAGAUUUGAUCAUCCAAACAAACAACAGCAACACUAGCACAUCAACCAACACCUCCAGCGCCAUUCCAACAGAUGAUUUUGUUGUUUUGGCUGGUGAAGUGUACCAAAUCGACAUGAGAUUGGCUUCUUUACAGGAGUUCGAAGGCGAGGCUGGUUUGAUCACCACCGAGGAAAUCGACCAUUUCACUGGCAAGAACCACAAGAAUGAAUUCAACUGUAAGAGCACUAUCCACGUUCGUGAUUUCGCAGUGACUCACCAGUUGAAGUUAAAGACUUCUCGUAGAUUGUUAGGUGAAGUCGACAAGAGAUUCUCGGUUUACCCAUUCAAGUUAUCAUACACCUGCAAGCAUUUCCCAGUCAAGUUAGAAAAUGACAAUGUCCAAGAACAAUUGGCACAGAUUAAGUCCGAAUUGAAGACCAACAAAUUGGGGUUGUCCGAGUUGUCCAAUAGACAUUUAAUAAAAUCAAAGCCAGUGCAAGUCACAAAGUUCAUACCCUUGGACAAGAUCUUGCUUUCAGCUAACCCUACUGGUAAACACGCAAUUGACAUGAGCAAGCCUGUUUUGCCAGGUAUGGAAAUCCCCUUGCCAAACUUGGGAGUCUCGUCUUUGAAGUUGAAGGCUUUGUUGAAGCACGCCAAGCCUAUUGCUAACGUCAGAGAAUCUACUACUGUUGUUCUCAACAACGUCAAGAACGAAGUUGUUCGUUUGACCGGCGGCUCUAAGACUACUACGCCAAGCUGGGUCCACUCUCAAUACAAGUUGGGAGGUGCCUACGUCCAGUCCAUUGAACAAAUUGUGCAAUUGAGCAAAGACAAGAGAUUUGGUAUCAAGGUCAAAGAAUGCCAGCCAUACAACUUGAGCAAGACUGUUGGCCAGGCUGCCGAGACCAUGGAGUUGGAUUAGAUAGCGAAGUAGACGUUGUAAAAUAGCAUUUUUGAAUAGACAAGAGAUAAAAGUUACGUC